CUACCCUGUCUUGGCUGUUCGAUGUCCACGGGACAGGUGAAACCCGUCCAGAAGAGCACGAGCACACGCGCACUGGUACCUCUCGCAGACGACGAGGAGGGCGGGGAGGGCAAGAGCAGAGCGGAUGCAUCACGCCAAGGUUGGGGGGGGGAGAGAGACUCAGAGAGUGAGUCCGACCUCGACGUGAUGGAGGCUCGUGGGCCAGGGCAAGCGACGCCGUUUGUGCGCGAGGAGGCGCCGACGGCACCCGGCAACGGGAUUCCGGGGGACGGAGGCAGCGUUCCCCCGUCGCCCCCUUCGGGAAGGGGCGACUUCGGCGGAGGCAGUGACAGCCCCACCGGCAGCAGCAGCAGCAGCAGCAGCAGCAGCCCGAGCAGCAGCAGCAGUGACGCCGGCGGUGCCGGCGGCCCGGGCGGCGAAGAGUCCGGCGACCCAGGAGGGGACGGCGGUAGCGAUGGUGAUGCCGGCGACUCCGAGAACCUCGAGGAGUUGAAGUAUGAUCCAGCCGACGACCGCUACCCCCGCGGGCUAGAAGGGAAGAAACUCCUCUGGGGCGCCUCGAACGCUGGCCCGCUGCGCCAUGGGCUUGAGAGUGGCCGCACGCGGAAGCAGACCCGGGAGAUGCAAGGUGCCGGGGAGAUGCCGGGGCCCGGAGAAACACCGGACCCGGAAGAGGCACUGCUGGCGACCAUCCUGGAAACUGGCGGGACGGGGAUUGUUGAGGACUACAUCUGCAAAUCGCUUGUGAAGGAGCAGUGGGACUAGGAGCAGACACGCCGUAUGGAGGAGAUGUACAGGCGCGAGAUGCAGGAGGUGUUGGGCCCGGAACAGC